AUGUUGAUUAAAGGAAAUUUAACGUUUAAGUAUCUAGCUUUAUCUCAUAUAUAUAAUAGCCCGGUACUUUCAGUAGCGCCACAGUCAAAUCAAAUACACUUGACCGGAACACACUUAAAUUUCCAGAAUAUUUUUUCAAAUUUCUUUUAUUCAACGAACAGUAAAAUUCUAACUUCGAUUUCGAAAUCAACAUUCCGUAAAUUUACAGAUUCUGUCAUCAAAGUUCAAAGCCAAAACAUAAAUCGAAAACAUUAUCGUUCAAAUUUCGAAGUUUCAGAUAAAAAUGAAGAGUUUUACUUUAGUCAGUGUGUUUUCGAAAGAACUAGAACGAAUACGAGUGGAGGAGCCAUAUCUAUCUUCUCACAAACCGCUAAAUUAAAUAUUAUCUACUGUGGUUUUACAAUUUGCGGAGCCACUAUGAAUGGUGGUGCUGUAGAGUUCCAAGGCAGUGAGUUUUCAAUUGAAAAAUCAUGCUAUCUCGGUUGUUUGGCUGCACAAAUGGGCCAAGCAGUAGAUUUACAAGGUUUUGAUGAUUUCAAAGGCCAAAUUUCAUAUAUUUCCGUACAGCAAUGUGCACCUGCUAGGUCUCCUGGCCUUUCUCAGUCGUUUUUUCUGAGACAUGGAACUCAUGUAAUUAUCGGAAUGAAUUCAUCAUCAAAUUUCAUCAAAGAUACAGGUGCAUCACUUUGUAUAGCAUAUACGAACGGUUUAAAGCUUCAUUUCUCAUCUUUUAUCGGAAAUCAAGGCGCAAAUUGUUUUUGGCUUCACCAUUUGCGAGAUAGUGAUGAGCUUUAUACAUGUAAUAUCGUAAAGAAUACAGCAGGUGCUAAUCUUGGCAUUUUUACGCUAGAAAAUUCAUCGGCCAUUUUCUCAGCUUUUUAUUUCAUAGAAAACGUUGCGCCGACCUAUUUUGUGUCUGGCUUUGCAACACUGUCCAAAUGCGCCCUCGAUGUAAAGAAAUCUGCCAAAUUAUUAAAAGGAUGUCAGCUUCAGAUCGUAGAAACGGUCUGGGGAAUCAAGAGUCUUAAGCAGCUACCUCUUUCAUCAUAUAUUACUUGGGAAUGCUGGGCUUUGGGCGCUCCAUCUCCUUCUCCAUCCCAAUCUCUUGUUCCUGUCGACCACGCCCUUGAAGAGGCCGUCUUAGGAGUCUGGGUUCUAUUUGUUAUUGUGGCAAUUGGUCUUGUCGCCUUUUACGCCACUUUGUUGGUCGUAUUGAAAGUUACUGAGCAGAAAGACAACUCUAAUGAGAACGACGCUAUGCUACUUUCAAUGGACGCAAAGAAUAUUGUAAAGUUAUAA